GAGCAGCAGCAGCAGCAGCAGCAGGCGACCCGCGGCCGCCCCGGCCCCGCCGCCCCGCGCCGCCAUGGGUUGCUGCUACAGCAGCGAGAACGAGGACCCCAACCAGGGGGAGGAGUCCAAGCCGCUGCUGCCCCCCGCCUCCAGCCCCCCCAACAAGUCCAUCAACGGGAUGGAGUCCUGCUGCAGCCUGCCUUCAGCUCGGACGGACGAGCACGCGCUGCUCUCCUCUAUCCUUGCCAAGACAGCCAUCAACAUCAUUGAUGUUUCGGCCGCCGAUCAGCAGCCGAUGGAACAGCAUGAGUACAUGGACCGAGCGCGACAGUACAGUACCAGGCUUGCCAUGCUGAGCAGCAGCCUCAUGCACUGGAAGAAGCUUCCUCUGCUCCCCUCGCUGACGAGUCAGCCGCACCAAGUACUUGCCAGUGACCCCGUGCCCUUCGCAGACUUGCAACAGGUCUCCCGGAUAGCUGCCUACGCCUACAGCGCCCUCUCCCAGAUCCGUGUGGAUGCGAAAGAAGAACUGGUGGUACAAUUUGGAAUCCCGUGAUGCCAGCCCUCACUCGUUCCUUUUCGUUUUUCUCCUCCACUUUUUAUUUUUCUCCUCUCCGCCACUGGCUUGUCACUGCAGUGGAACUCGUAUGGAAAAGAGACACUGAAUUUAUUACCUGGCCACAGAGACAGUAACUUGGGGACAGCCAAGGCUGACGAGACCCACGACUUUUCACCCCCCCCCUAGUUUGGCAAGGCAGCGCACAGCAGGGCUGGGCCAGGAGGCGGGGCGCUUGCUCAGCCCAGCGGUGGGGAGGGCGGCUCCGGGACUCACGCCGGGGGGGGGGGCAUCGGCUUUCUUUACCGUGGUGGUUGUGCCUCUGGAACAUUGACUUUUGUGGGGUGGGGGGAAUGGGGAGGAGGGAGGCUGGUAGGAAGGAGGCGCUCCUUUUCACUUCCCACGUGGCUUGGCUGGAUUGUCCCCCUCCAUCACCCGUGUCUGGCUGUUUUAGGAUGGGGAAGGAGCACGGGUGAAUUAGAGCUUGCCUUUUAAGGGGAAAAAAGCAGCACAAGCCGCCGCAGAGAAACUUUUUGAUCUGCACCCCUCCCCUGUUUUACGUAGCUGAGCUGUCAUUUUAAUUUUUUUGUUUUUGCUAAAGUAGGUAAAAAGUAUAAAUAUAUUCAUCUGA